AUGGAAAAAAAAUUAAUUUGUUUUGUUUGUAAAGAAAGCGGCAAAAUAGUAUUGUCUUCAGAGGAAACUUUCAAAAAAUGUAAAAAUAUUUUGAAUGUCAGAAAAAAACAUAACCUAAAAUAUAAAGACAUUAUUUUGCCCGAUGAAUAUACAGACUGUGGUUAUCACCGGGAAUGCUAUAAAGUAUUCACAGGAGUUAUGAAAAAGUAUUUAAUUUCUAAACCUGUGUGUUCUAAUGAAAAAAAUGAAAAAGCAACAUCAGCCAGUGUACCUACAGACAAUCGCUCUCCAACCACGCCGUCGAUGCCUGGGUUGACCAUCGAACCAUCUAAUUUACAAUCUUCCACUACAGAAUCGCCAAUCUCUCAAACAACUUUUACUUCCGAAUCAAUAGAACCACAACCUACAACUUCUCAAGAAAAUAUUGAAACUUUUGUGUCAGAUACUCCUAAAAAUAAUCAUUCAACUCCAAUAGUACAUAAUGUUACUGAGAGUGAUGGCAGUAUUAAUAAUAAUCCAAAAGUUUGUGUAUUCUGCAAUAGAAAAUAUAAAAAAUUACGGUCGAAAAUGCUUCCACUUCACGAAGCAGACACUAACCAAUUUAAAUCUACUGUAUUACCUAAAAUCGAAGGUCAAGACGAGUUUGCAGAAUUAUUAAAUAGAUUACAAAAUUUUUCUGGUUUGAAAAUACACUAUCAUACAGAAUGUAGAGUCGAUUUGUAUAAUAAAAUAUCUUCAUUAAAAAAACCAGUCAGUAAAAGUGAUUGGCAUUUUCAUCGAGAAUAUCACCAAAUGGCUUUUGAUGAAAUAAGUGUAAUCAUCGAGGAAGACAUAAUCAAAAAAGGGCGCUGUCAUUUAUUAGUACAUUUACACGAACUGUAUAUGGAUUCAUUGGAAAACAUUUUUCAAGACAAUUCUGUUGAAAUGAACGUUACUUUCAAAGCUCAACACCUAGAAGAAAAAAUGUUAAAAAAAUUUUCUAAUGAUAUUAAAUCUUUGAUGGUUCAUAACAAAAAAUUAAUAGGACCGAAAUUUUUACACGUGAUAGAUGAUACAAUGUUGGAAAAUUUACAAACCGAAAAUAUUUUACAAAAAGCGGCAUUGACUUUAAGAAAAACAAUAUGGCAAAUAGAAAAAAAAAGUUACCGGCUAAAAAUAUUACAGCGCAGGAUUUAA